CGAACUCGCUAUAGGAUAAGCUAGAAGCGGUCACCUAGCAAUGCGGUCUUUAUACAACAGCUGCCUUCUCCUUGUCUUGUCCAUUUGCGGCGUUAAUGGCUUUCAGGUACUGGGUAAAUUGACCCGAAAGCCUCCGCGCAGAUUUCCUCUGUGCUGUUUAAAACCGCCAUUUAAUGCUGCCUGCCAACCAAUAACGUCUACAUGGUACUUUGACCAGAAGGCCAGAGUCUGCCGGCAGAUAAGUCCCGGAAUGUGCAACCGAGGCAGCAACAGCUUUGCAUCGCACGUAAAGUGUAUGGAGGCAUGCAAGCCACCUACAAAGGUGAUGCUGGGCCAAUGUCUGAAACCAGCGGUUCUCGUUCCCUGCAGUGCGGUACGCCACGCUUGGUACUAUGAAUUUUCAUCGAGGUCGUGUAAAAUGUUCAGCUACUUGAACUGCGGCGCUACUUGCAACGUCUUUCUGACCGAACUCAAGUGUCAGUGGACCUGUAAUCCGAGAAUGAAGCCCAAACCUCUCUGUAGCGCGGAUCCGGAACCUGACCAGUGUAUGCUCAAAAGAAGAUACGUGUUCUUCGACUUUAGGCGUGAUGUCUGUCUGGAGUUCCCGAAAAAGCGUUGUGGAAAAGGCCACAACAGCUUCGCCUCGUUUCAGCAGUGCUUUAAUACAUGCAGCUAUAACCUAUCUACGAUGCCCUGCCCAACUUGCGAGCAAAAACAGCAACAUGUACAGCCACCAAAUGGAAAACCUGGACCUCCAAGACUUCCUGCGCCAUUAGUUUCACACUCACCACCAGGCUAAGAUUCUUAAACUAGACCAAUCAUCAAAAAUCGUGUAAUAAAAAUUUGAAA